AUGUCCUCUUCUCCCAGAAAUAAUAGCAAAAGGGCUUCCAAAGGCUCUCAAGGAUUGCCUCCAGAUACAGUCAAGGCGGCUUCACAGGGCGCUGAUGACAGAAAACCACCGCCGUCCAGCUUCUCCCUUACGAAACUGAAGGAAUGGUGGAAAGAACAUACAGGCGACUGUAGCGACUCUCGACAAUCAUCUCCGAAAAAUGAAAUUCCUGAUGAGUCGAAGACGGUUAAAGUCACCUCCUCGCAGGAUGCUGAUGGUGAAACAACGUUAAAACCAAAGGUUCUUGGCACUCUUAUUGAGGAAGAAAGUCCCUCUGGGAAAAUUUCUGAAAGCGAAAGGGCUUCCGAAGGCACUCAAGGAUGGCCUUCCGAUGAUAAAAACCUGGAGCCAGAAGCUGAUAGAGUCAAGGAGGUUUCACAGGGCGGUGGUAUCACAAGAACAUCGUCUACCGGCUUCUUCCCUAAGUUUGAAAAUCCCUUCAAGAAAAAAUCUACAAGGAAUGAGGCAACUAGCAACUCUCAACAAUCACCUCUAGAAAAUGAAAAUCCUAAUGAGUCAAAGACGGGUAUAGUCACCACCUCGCAGGGUGCUGAUGGUCGUAAAACAACGUUUAAACCAAAGGGUCUUAGCAUUGGUUUGGAGGAAGAAAGUCAGUCUUGGAUAAUAUCUGAAGGGGAUAGUUCUGCAGAGCUACUAGAGGCGUGUUGGCUUGAUGUAACUGGUUCAAUGACUGCAACCAAAGGGAAUAAGUAUGAAAUUAGCUUCAAGUUAUCCAUGAAUGAAGAGAACGCCUUUGGCUGGAAAGAUCCUGUUUAUGUGAUGGCAAAGAUAGGAGAGGAGGGACAGUAUGAAUGCGUAAAAGUAGAUCUUUCACUGUUAGGCAAGGACGAAAAAGUAUUUCCUUUGGAGAAGUUUGAGAUUAAGUUUAAAAGUGAUGAUAAAACUGCAAGCACUGAGACAAAGCUCUAUUUUGGCUUGUAUGAAGUGUGGACUAACGAAUGGAAGGGUGGUCUGCGAAUUCAUGAGGCCAUAGUUCAGGAGGGACCAGCUGAGGGUUCUGCUUCUACAUCUAAUACUGGCCCGGAAGCGUCCAAUUCUACUUCUAGAUCUAAUAAUGAUCUUGAUGGUUUUGCUUCUGCAUCUCAAUCUCACGAGGAGCAACUGGAAGAAAAGUACUGGGAUAAGAAUGACAAACAGAAGCUCCAAAAGGAUACAGGGAAGGGUAAAGAAAGAAAGUUAAAGGCAAAAAAUCGAAAUUCUCAUAAUUUGGAUGUCUGA